ACGAUUACCCCCUCAAGCGGCAGAUAUAUUACAGUUAAAAUGGCAGCACUCACUUUGAGAGAUGUGCUGUCAUUUUCCUGUGCCUUUUUUGCGUGUUUUCAUGUGAUUAGCGGAUCUAGGAAGGGAGACCAGAGACAUGAGAGACCAGCAGAUGAUGAAUUCUCGGGUUCAGCGUACUCCACUGACAACACCUUGCUUAUUGAGCACUCAUUUGAACCAGGGUUGAACACCAAGUUCACCAACAGGGGUACACUCAAUUUCCGAUCUUUGAAGGCAGGCUCAGGAAGCUUCAAUCAAGCCACUGCACUGACGGCAGGGGAGAAACGGAAACUCAGGGAGGUCGCCAAGACUGACGGACUCUACAGAAUACGCGUGGCCACCAAGAUGGGCAGCCCGUCCGACAGCGAAGAGGUCCAUUAUGUGUCGUCAUUUACAAAAGCGUGCGCACUCGUGGAGUCGCGCCUUUCGGAUCACAUCACCAUUCACGCCGACCAAUCAGGGAACGUCAUGGGCGUCCACGUCCUCCCUCUACGGGGGUCAUGUGACCAGAUAGAGGUCGAGUCAUCAGCACUGAAUUACUUCAACACGACAGUGUCGCUCGAAGUCACAGUCCCAGCACCGAUGCCAGAGACCCAAGCUUACAUUCAGAAGCUGGAAGAAGAGAAAGCACAGAAAGCCAAGGGCAACUCUGGCGACAAUCGCUCCUUCCUGGCCAAAUAUUGGAUGUACAUAGCAGUGGCAGUGGUGAUUGUCAUGGUGACCAGCGGCCAACAGGAUGCAGGGGGGCGGGGCGGUGGGGGAGGGAGUUAAUAACAGACUCCUUGCCAGCCCUGUGCUGCGGCCAUCUUGGUCUGGUACCCUAAAAGUCCCAGUGGCAGUCUUUCUGUAUGGCCUAAUAUCCGGGCACCAGCUUGCUGGGCUUGUCCAUGAAACCUCUGUAUGUUUGAUCAGUACGCUUCCCGUGUUUGCAGGAAUUGAAGCCAACAUUAGCAAAAGGGUCAAGGCUGAUAUUUGAACGUCAAUUUUUUAAAGUGAUUAUUUAAGCCUGUUUAAGAUUAAGUUUUGAAUAAACAUGGAGUGAUUACAUUUUUACUAUUAUUGAAAGAUUUGACAAGAGCCAACACAACUCCCCUUGUUGAUUACACGUGGAUGUUACAAACCAAAAAUAUACAUAUUAAAGAGAAAUGGAACAAAUUUCUGGUAGAUAAACAAAUAAGCAUGAUCAAGUUCAGUGGAUGUUAUCAAAGCACUCAGAAUUAUUAAAAAAUUAUUAAAAUACCACGUGAAAUAGAUGUCAAGUACUUCUGAAUAAAACACUCCUAGUAUAAAGUGAAUUGA